AUUUUUCAGUAGUCUAUCUCUUAGGUCACAUCGUUGUUGUACCAGAAGGUGGCGGUGCAAGUACUGUCUUUAUGAGUGAGUCGGAAUCAUUAAUUGAACCGAUUCGUUCAAACACGCUGAUUCAUCCAGCAAAGUAACCAGUGUUGCCAAGUCCGCGGUUUUCCAGCGGAAUUAGGCUACUUUUACACUGUUGCCGCGGGUUGCUUUUACGAUCCGCGGCUUGAAGCGACCCCAAAUAACAUGAUAUUUAGCCCCUGGCAUGCGAAUUUUACCAGGAAACCCCACCAAAAACGCGGAUUUUACGCCCUGGAACACGAUUUUUACCGUGAGACUGUACAUCCACUGAACACCAAAAUACUAGCCUUCAAUGUGCGCAUGCGCUUUAAUACAUUAAGUACGUAACGUAAAUCUACGAGGUCAUCACGCUAGACUCUGAGCGAGAGGGUAUUUGGCAUGAUCGAGCAUAACAAGUGACGAGUUCAGCCGAAGACCCUGGAACAAAGGUAAGUUAGAAGUUACCUUUAGAUAUCUAUUAUGGAAGAAGGCGGGCUUUGUAAAGAUGUCCUUCACAGAUUAAGACACAAAUCAACUGUGAGCUCGAGCUGAGGCAGCACAGUGGAGCAAUAUGUUGCCUGAUAAAGAUGGACCGAAUGGAGGUGGAGGAGUCCAGGACAACACCGGGACAGAAGACCCUUCAGUGUCCCUGUUCAGAGAAUACCUGCGGCUGAAGACUGUCCACCCGGAGCCUGACUACGAUGCUGCUUUAAGAUUCCUGGAUCGGAUGGCAGAGGAGCUUGGUUUACCCAUGAAGAAAGUGGAGGUGUGUCCCGGUCGAGUCGUCGCAAUCAUCACAUGGGUCGGCACCAGGCCAGAGCUGAAGUCUGUCGUGCUGAACUCACACACUGAUGUUGUUCCUGUGUAUGAGGAACACUGGAAAUAUGAUCCAUUUGCUGCUGUUAAAGAUGCGGAUGGCAACAUCUAUGGCAGAGGAUCUCAGGAUAUGAAAUGUGUCACGAUACAGUACAUUGAAGCAAUUCGCAGACUGAAGGCGGCUGGGAAGAGGUUUCCUCGCACUAUCCAUUUAACGUUUGUCCCAGAUGAGGAGGUCGGUGGUCACAAAGGAAUGGAGACAUUUGUGAAGCACCCUGAAUUUCACAAGUUGAAGAUCGGUUUUGCCCUUGAUGAAGGUUUAGCAAACCCAACUAAUGCCUAUACUGUCUUCUACGGAGAGAGAAACCCCUGGUGGAUCACAGUCCGCUGCCCAGGAAGUCCAGGUCAUGGUUCCAGGUUUGUGGAGAACACAGCAGCAGAGAAACUACGGCGAGUUAUAAACUCUUUCCUGGAGUUCAGAGAGAAAGAGAAACACCGGCUCAACACCAAUGAAUGUUUCACUCUGGGAGAUGUCACCACAAUUAACAUGACGAUGGUGAAAGGGGGCGUGGCUUAUAAUGUAGUUCCAGCAGAAAUGGAUGUCAGCUUUGACUUGAGAAUCCCACCAACUGUUAACCUGCAGGAGUUUGAAGAGAAGAUAAAAGCCUGGUGCAGAGAAGCUGGUGAAGAUGUGACAUAUGAUUUUGCACAGAAACACAUGGACCAGAAUUUCACGUCUACGGAGGAGAGCGACCCCUGGUGGCAUGCGUUCAGCUCUACCUGCAAAGCCAUGAAUGUGACUCUGAAAAAGGAAAUCUUCCCUGCUGCCACAGACAGUCGCUUCAUCAGGGAAGAAGGUCUUCCUGCCAUCGGUUUCUCUCCAAUGAACCUCACCCCCAUCCUACUUCAUGAUCACAACGAGUACUUGAAUGAGCAGGUGUUUCUGCGGGGCAUCCAGGUGUAUGAGCGCCUUGUGCCGGCCCUAGCCAGUGUGGAACCUCUGAGCGGAGAAGUGUAGAUCAACUUUCUCUGUCUCUCCUUCUUUAAAUCUCUCUCACACACAGCUGCUUCUGCUCACCGUGCUGAUUUUCGCACAUAUCGAAAAAUACAUCUGCAGUAACACCAAAGAUUGGGCUGAUCCCAUAUAAUGAAGAUCUUUAAUGAACUCACUUCAACUCAGGAGUUCCUUCCUUUCAAUGAUGUCUUAGAAAUGCUUUUAAGUCUUAUUUGUCAGGUGAUAACCAGAAUUAGAAGCUGCUAUAAAGAGUUGUUUUAAUUGAUAAAGGUUAUAAAUUUAACACUUAAUUUAGGCAGUUUGUGUCUCUUAUAUCUAAUGAAAAAAGGAGAUGAUUUCAGAGACUCAAACCAUAUAGCUGUGCUUGCCAUAGAUGCAUUAUAUUUUUUUAAUACAAAUGAUUUUGAUGCAAACAGUUAUAAAUACACUGAAACUGUGUGUGGGUCAUUGAUUAUAUGAUACUACACAAUACUACAAUAAUAAUUAUACACAAUUAUACUGAGGCACAUUUCAUGUGUUCGAAAUCUCUUUAAUUGACUGGUGCUACUUUGCCCUCCUGAAUAAACAAAAAGGGUACCAUAUAUUAA